CCGCAUUAAUGUGCUAGGUAUUUACUUGUUUGCUGAAGUAAAGCUAUAAUACAGAUACACGACAGACUUCUGCAGUAAUUAACGAAGCGCUAUCUGUUAAGUGUGGUAAAGCCGCGAGUUUCCAUUUAGCUCCAUUGUCGAGUGAUCAAAGUUUAGUGUCGGUAAAAGCGGGGGCACGACAGGAUGUCCGCGGAGGCUUUGGCCGAUACUCCGGAAGGUAAAAUUCAAAUGACGUUCUGGACCCUACCAAAGCCUGCAUUCAUUACCUAAGCAGCCGGUAAGUGCAUUUCGCACAGAAACAACGAGAACACCAGUAUAAGUCACAAUGGGUCUCGAGCUUACAGCAUAUGGCCUCUCCGGCCUCACUGCAGCUGGCGGCAUCGCCGGGUACGCACGCACCGGAUCGCUCCCAUCUGUAAUUGCGGGAUGCUCGGUCGGAUUUCUAUACGCUCUCGGUGGUUACAGGAUUCAGAACAACCAGCCCUACGGCGUCGAGCUGUGCCUUCUUGCCUCAGUCAUUCUCGGGGGCGCUUCCAUCCCCCGGGCCAUUCGCCUGCAGAAGCCUGUGCCCAUUGCUCUCAGCUUGCUAUCGACCUUUGGUGCGCUCACUUUCGGAAAUGCCGCUCGUCGGGGAGCAUAGAUGACGAUCGAAUAUCGACGCGCGAUGAUACAGGCAAAGGCUUUGGUUGGACGAGGAAGAUCUAGCGGGCAGAGGGAGCGCAAAAAGAUUAUUCUCUUCAUAACCUGGGCUUAUUUUGUGGGUUCAUGGCGAAGAUCAGGGACAUUCUCGCAUCAGCGUAUAAUACACAUGUAAAAUUACAGAAUGACGUCCCCUCGUCUGAAUGUUUUCGUCCAUCUUGGUAGUCCCCGUUCAGGACCGUUGAUUUGCUUUGUUGCUCGUAGCGUUUCGACCAGCUCGUCUCAAACUGUUCUUCCGUAAGCCGUCAAGAGUUCUCGUCAAUCUCCUUCCACUUCGCUCUGACCUGCUUCAUCUUGUCGUUGGUGUUGUUGCGGUUCUCGAGUUGAUGUUUCGCUCUCUCUGCCUUGAGGCAUUCGGUGAGGGAUCUCUUAAGAUCGUUACACAUGCCCAUGGAUUUCCACAGGAAGCCCCGAGCAUGGCACUCCUCGAAGGCCUGUACGACCUCCUCGCACCCUGCAUUGUCCACUCUGUGUAGAUGCGGAUGCAUCUUUCAGUCUUUAUCGGUACCUUGAACCCUGGAACUAUAAGUUUCGACGGCGCGAAGCUGGCCGUUUUCGAUGUUGUAGGUCCAUAAGUUUCGUGAGGAAUGAUUGUUCAGGGACUUGGACCGCGCUGAAUUUGAUAGGACCCACACUUCAUCGACCGCGACGGGAGAGUGGAUCCCAUAGCUUGAGGUCAACCUAGCCAGAGACGCGGGGCAAAAUAUCAUUGUGACAGUCCCUGUCUCUUUUAUUCAUGAUCACUUAACAACAUACCCUUAACGGAACUGCCCAUUUCGCCGUGGAGCUCAAGAGCGAACUAUUUCUGGGGUAUCUAUCUGGAAAAAACCAGGGCACACUCUCAAUCUCGAUUUGAAAAUGGCUUCACAGCAGGUGUCUGUGAAGAAGCAGCAAGAACUUCAAGCCCAAUACAGCACCUACAAGGACACUCUCCAGCAGGUGGCGCGUAAAAUCGGAGAUGUAGAACAGGAAGCAGAGGAGCACAAACUUGUUCUUGAGACACUAGAACCUCUUCCUGGAGACCGCAAGUGCUUCCGUCUGAUCAACGGCGUACUUGUGGAAAGGACCGUCAAGGAUGUUGUGCCAGCGCUCAAGACCAAUGCCGAGGGCUUGCGAAAGGUUCUUGAGGACCUGGUAAAACAGUAUAAAGGCAAAGAGGAAGAGUUUGAAAAGUGGAAGAAAAAGAACAAUGUUCAGGUCGUGCAGUCUUAGCUUAACCCCAUCUGAUUAUAGACUGGACGACACAUGCAUCAGAUUCAAGGCCCUCGAAGUAACUGGCUUGCUGGUGUGUUUGUUAAAUGCUGGCAUAUCCCGGGUCACUGGAAUCGCAGUAGAUGCGGCCACUCUUCGACAACCAGGAUUUAUCUAAGCGUCACCCAAAGACACUUCUAACACGCUGCGGACUCGAUACAUUCGAAACCACUCUUCCAUCGUCAAGCUGUGUCACCUCGCGCCAAUCACAUUUCACUUGCAGUGGCAGAGUUGUGUCCAUGGCAGGCGGCAUGAGAGCCUCGCUGCCCAACCGCCGCUGGGCGUUUGACCUCCGGUCGUUGGGCUCCAAUAGGAGAACGCAGGCUCAAGGGUGUCGCUCUCGCAUGGAGCGGCUGAUACGAAGUCUACGUUGCCCACAUAGCGGUGCUGGUAUUGAUAACGUCAGUCGGAGUUUCGGUAUAUGGGAAAACCCAAAGACACUGUGACCAGUGAUCAGUGAUCAAUGCUACAAUGAUUACAUUUGCAAAGGUUAUGAUAUCAUCCCAAGUUCAAGCCUCAGAAUACUACGCGAUGACAAGCCUCCAUUCGUUACC